AUGACCCUGAAUUUGCAGGCUUAUGAUCCCAAGCAGGAUGCUGCUCCCAGCCACGGAGGCCAGCCUCUGACCUCCUCCUUGCGAUCUUCGAUAUGCCAGUUGCGAGAUCUGCUGAAGGAACAGAAAGACAUCACUCUCGAUGGAGAGUCGUUAGACCUGAGCUCGACUGUUGCUGUGGCACGGUUUGGUUACAAUGCAUCUAUCUCGAACAAUGGCUACGCCGCUCAGCGCAUGAACACGAGCGUCGAUCAGUUGGAUCAGAAGUUACAGAGCAAUGAGAUGGUCUACGGCGUUACAACUGGCUACGGAGGAAGCGCAGACACCCGUACCGACAGCUAUGUAGAUUUACAACGAGCCCUCAUUCAGCAUCAAAGCGCAGCUAUCCUGCUGCCCAGUGAUAGAGGUCUUUCCCAGUCUUCGUCUUUCGUGGACAGCUUGAAAAGCCAUGCCAUUCCCGUGCCCAUUGUCCGUGCUGCCAUGUUGACACGCUGCAAUUCCCUCCUACGCGGUCAUUCCGCUGUUCGUCCCGACGUGGUACGACACCUUCUGACCCUCCUGGAGAAAGACAUGACGCCUGUCGUUCCGCUGCGUGGCAGUAUCUCAGCAUGCGGUGACUUGAUGCCGCUGUCGUACGUGGCUGGUGCACUAGAAGGAAACCCGGAUAUCUCAGUCAACUGCGGCAAGGAUCAGGGCUACCGCGUUCUCCCAGCUGACCAGGCACUGGCGCUGGCCGGACUGAAGCCUCUCGAGCUGCAGGCCAAGGAGGGUCUGGGGAUUCUGAACGGAACGGCCUUUAGCGCUGGUGCUGCCAGUUUAGUUCUCUUCGAGGCCAACCAACUUAUCCUGCUCUCCCAGGUCCUCACGGCCAUGGGCACGGAAGCCUUGCUUGGAAAGCGCGGGAACUACGAUCCAUUCAUCGCUACCGCACGUCCCCAUCCCGGCCAGAAAGAAGUGGCCGCCAACAUUUUCAACUUCCUUUCCGACUCCAAGCUCGUGUCAGAGGCAGACCCUGGGAAGAUUGGCACGGCGCAGGAUUCCCACGUUUUAGCGCAAGACCGUUAUGCGCUGCGCACAUCGUCGCAGUGGAUCGGCCCUCAGCUCGAAGACUUGGCCCUGGCGUUGAAGCAAGUGGAGGUUGAACUGAACUCGACCACUGACAACCCGCUGAUCGACCCUGACAGCGCAGAGGUGCAUCACGGUGGCAACUUCCAGGCCGCGUCGGUGACAUCCGCGAUGGAGAAGACGAUGGGCGCGAUGCAGAUGAUCGGAAAGAUGGUGUUUUCGCAGUGUACGGAGAUGAUCAACCCCGCGUUGAACAAGGGGUUGACGCCUAACCUUUGCGUGGACGAUCCGAGUCUGUCGUAUACCAUGAAGGGCGUGGAUAUCAACAUGGCGGGGUACAUGUCGGAGCUGGCCUACCUUGCCCACCCGGUUAGCAAUUACGUCCAGUCGGCAGAGAUGCACAACCAGGGAUUAAACUCGCUGGCCUUGAUUGCUGCGCGGUAUACAGGCGAUGCAGUGGAGGUGCUCUCCAUAAUGUCCGCCGCGUAUUUGUACGUGUUGUGUCAGGCACUGGACCUCCGGGCCCUGCACCUCGAAUUCGUCAAGCAGGCCCACCAGGAAAUCAAACGCGUAACCAAAGACCUCUGCGGAGCGUCAAUCAGCCAGCUCGUCGAUGGAUCGCUCUGGGAGGAGAUCAUGGGACACUGGGGCCGUACUAGCACCCGGAACCUCGCAGAUCGGGCCGACGUGGCCGCCACGACGUCGAUGGGCUUGUUGUUGUCGCUUAUCAGCAAACACGGGACCGCCGAUGUCCACCCUGACCACGCUGAUCUGAAUGAUGUGGCCAAGGCGCUGAAGUGGAAGGAGUUGGUUUCCGCUGUCUUGACAGAGACAUACAACAGUGUUCGCGAGUCUUUUCUCCGCGAGCGAACCACGGAGCAAUACCUGUGCCAUACGUCGAAGUCUAUGUACAGCUUCGUCCGGGAGACACUGGCCGUCCCGAUCCACCGGGGUAUUAUCGACCACGCUACCAAAGAAUCCGCAGACGGACGUAGUCGAACAGACAAGCCACUGAUCGGAUCGCACAUCAGCAAAAUCUACACAGCAUUGCGAGCGGGUGAACUACAAGACGCCCUUUUGCAUUGUUUCGAGUAA